CAAUUAAAUCUAUAGCGGAGGUAAUUAGGACAGAUAUUGUAAUGUCAGGCUUCAUGUGUUUCUUUGCUUCCAAUGGUUAAAAAAAGGCUGUCAUUCAAUGUUUGUUGACAUUAUCUGCACACCUUUACGACUGCCUGCGGCACUGAAGCAGGCUUGUUAAACCAGAUCCAGCCAGUUUUCACCUGGCCAAUCCUGUUUUUGUAGCGUCUAUUGUUGUGGACGAUUGAAGACCUACGACCCAAUAAUCAGGACAGAUUAUCUCAAUAUAAAAGUCCUUUAUAGUAAUGUACCAGCUUUUCUGUUGAUGUCACACAGACUUGUGUGCAUUAUGAUCGGUGUUUUUUCUUGAUCUUGGUGGUGGGGGCGUGUCUCAUAUGUUCCGUUUUUUUCUGUUUUCUGUGGAAUUUUUGUGCGUGCAUAACUGUAACUUCAAAAUUAAAAAAAGCAAAAACAAAAUGCAAUACUUCAUAAUACUUAGUAGCUAUUCAGUUGCAAUUUCCUAUUCACAAAGGACAAGUACAAAUACAUUACUGGGGUUUUCAUUAGUGCAAAAACACUUGAACCUAGGGUUCCGUAAGAAGCAUGGGAUCUUUCAGAUGUAGAAACAAGGCACGCCGAAACUUAAGGUUUCUAUCUAAAUCAUAAUUAGCAUCUCAUUACAUUGUGAUAUUGUAAUUACGUGUCCACACAACGUGCCGUUUGUGAAGUCAAGUUGGGGGUGGGGUGGGGGUUGGCCAUGUUUUUUUUAGACGGCUCUUAUGCAAAGAAACAAUACAAUGUACAAAGUUCACUUUCCUUGUCACAGUCACAGGUACCGGUAGUGCAUGGCGCGGUGAACACGUUCUCCACUGUCGGCGGGCGGUCUGCUCGUACUGUGUACUCUCUAGUUAGUGCUUUCUUACGCACUCUCACUUUUCUCGAUGCUUAAGAAAGCAGAGAGCAGAUUGAGAGGAAGGAAUUGUGAAAAAAUGCCUUCAAUCGGGCUGUGUUGAACAGCGGGUGAAGAACAAACCUCCAGGUAGACACAUAAUGACUGUGUUGGCUCGUGUUUUUAACGCCUUUUCACUCGUUAUGUGCGUCUACAAAGUGGUGCGGUCACUUUCGCUCGACAUCAACUUCGAUGAUGAUCGUCGUCCAAGCAGGGCUUUUUUCCUUCGGAAUUUUUUCGUCGGAAAAAUGUUUCUGUUUCCCGCCUGGAGAAAGAUAUUAACGCAAAACGCAAAUUACAUGACGGCCGCCAGGAUCGGCGCAAUGUUCUCUGUACAGUAUACUUUACAUGCUCUGUAUGGUGUUUCCUCACACAAGCUUUUCGCCCGUGUAAGAAAACAACAGACAUUACAGAGCAGAUGAACUUGGAAGAAGCCAGCAGCUGAUGGAGGUAGGACCUGAUGGUGUGGGUCACUAGCGGAAUAUGACAAAGAAAACUGUAUAUAUAUACACGGUACAGUAUGAAUAAUACAAAUGCCUGCUCCUAUGGCGACCAUGCUUCUCCGUCCUGUACUUGAUGACAACAUUCCUGCAAAGAACACCAGACACUGAAUGGAAGCAAGCAAGGCAAACAAACAAAAGGACAGGAAUACAGACGGACAGACUAACAAUUAGUAACAUUACAAACAAACUUUCUUGUAGGAUAUCCGAAGGCAUAGAAAGCAGCACCGACCCCGAGUCUGCGACCAUGGCUGCAUUGAAGUUAAUGACAGUCAACCAAUUGGUCUAUUUCACGGUGAAUUCCUUUAGAAUGAAUGUUUUUCGCCACUCCUUCGCUAUGUAACGUAAGCUAGCCAAGGAGUCAGCAGCCAGGCAAAGGGAGUCAAGCGGGCACCGGGGGAAUGAAACACACUCACUCCUCUGCCAGCUUUUGACACUACUAGUAUCUUAUGCUAUCGUAGGAUCUGCUUGGAGAUUAGUGUCUACGCAUUUUACAUUCCAAGGAAAUACUGGGAGUUUUGGCCCCAAUUUUGCACGUCUCUUCGCUUGUUUUGUACGACUUUUAGCGUGACAAAACUGCACUUAGCAUGAGACGUUCAAACUAAAGCCAGAGCCUCACAUUUGCCUUGAGUCAAAAGAUGGCGUUUUUGUAAACAAUUUUUACCACGAUUCUUUGUGCGAUAUGAGCUCGGGACCACGUGGGUUUAGCAGACGGCCUUGAUGAUCCACCAAUCAGGACAGUCGACUGCAUCAUCCCAGACACGGAUGGACCAAUGGCAGGCCGCGGUGCCUUUGCGCGCGAAACGCUUUGAAAUUCGCGCCAAGAAAUUUUUCGGCGGAUCCUCCAAGGACAAUAGAAAUUUUGAGAAAACAUCCCUUGCCGGCGAUCUGCAAUAAAUCUACGAAAGGAACAGCAUCGUGAAACAAGAGACCUCAAUGUCGAGACCGGCUUUGCUUACCUCAGCUGUAACUUUUGGACACCUACGGCGAAGUUUUCCAGUCCGCCCACGAGCCUUUGCGAGCACCAGUUCGAAGGACGGACGUGCCGAAGUCCAAGGCUCAGGGCGACGUCCUAUAAAUUACCUCAGCCACAGGACAGCAACCACUGUUCACAUCCCUGACAAACUCAGGACAGACGACAUGCCGGCACAGGUCAUCAGCGGGAAGGAAAUCUCGGCGGGCAUUCGUGCCAAGCUGCGGGAAGAGGUACAGAAGAUGCAGGAGGAGGUGCCGGGCUACAGGCCGGGACUGGCCGUGGUGCAGGUGGGAAACGAUGAGGCCUCUAACGUGUACAUCAGGAUGAAGAUGAAGGCAGCUGAGGAGGCUGGCAUGAAUGGGAGACAUAUCAAGAUGCCACAGGAUACAACACAGAAUGAGUUGGUAACCCAGAUUAACCAGUUGAAUGCCGACCCGGGGGUGCACGGCAUGAUCAUACAGCUGCCGCUGGACACCACGCAGCCAAUCGACUCCCACCUCGUACUCAACACCAUUGACCCGGCCAAGGAUGUGGAUGGUCUCCAUGACGUGAAUUCAGCAAAGCUUGCUCGAGGAAACCUGUCUGACUGUUUCGUCCCCUGCACGCCGAGGGGUUGUCUGGAGCUCAUCAAGUCUACGGGAACCGAUGUGGACGGGAAGAAUGCAGUGGUGGUUGGGCGUAGUAAGAUCGUUGGCGCACCAAUGUCAGAAUUACUGACAUGGAAUCAUGCUACAGUGACUGUGUGCCACUCCCACACUAAGAACCUGGACCAGGUGUGUCGUGAGGCAGACAUCCUGGUCGUGGCGAUCGGAAGGGCACAGAUGGUCAAGGGCAGCUGGAUCAAACCGGGCGCCGUGGUCAUUGACUGCGGCAUCAACUCCAUACCAGAUGCAACCAAGAAAAGUGGGAAGCGGCUGGUUGGUGAUGUGGAUUAUCCCGAAGCCUUGGAGGUGGCCUCUGCUGUCACCCCUGUCCCGGGCGGGGUCGGACCCAUGACUGUAGCCAUGCUCAUGCAGAACACGGUAGAGAACGCACAGAAAGCCCUGCAGAAGUAUAAGGCAAGUGUGUGGAACAUCAGCUACCUCCCCCUGCGACUUAAGACUCCCGUCCCGAGUGACAUAGAAGUCGCCACAGCCCAGACUCCCAAGAACGUUGACGACCUGGCGCGGGAAAUUGGGCUGCAGCCUCACGAGGUCGAUCUGUACGGGAAGAAAAAGGCCAAAGUUUCGCUCUCCGUUCUGGAGAGGCUCAAGGAUGUUCCAAAUGGAAAAUAUGUCGUGGUGACAGGGAUCACGCCCACUCCCCUGGGUGAGGGGAAGAGCACCACCACUAUAGGCUUGACGCAGGCUCUUGGAGCUCACCUGAAGAAGAACGUGUUUGCGUGCGUCAGGCAGCCUUCUCAGGGCCCUACCUUCGGCAUCAAAGGGACUGGUGAAGACGAUCACCAUGGAGACGGUGACCAUGGUGAUCAGCCACACCCACUAGAUCGGUCAGGAGGGGGCGCUGCAGGCGGUGGUUACUCUCAGGUCAUCCCCAUGGAUGAGUUCAACCUACACCUGACAGGUGACAUCCAUGCCAUCACAGCAGCGAACAACCUCCUGGCAGCCGCCAUUGACACCAGGAUAUUCCAUGAGUCCACACAGACUGACAAGGCGCUGUAUGGACGCCUGGUCCCCACCAAAGAUGGUGCGAGGAAGUUCUCCCCAAUCCAGAUGAGGCGUCUUGAGAAGUUGGGCAUCACCAAGACCAACCCAGAUGAUCUUACGGAGGAGGAGGUCGCAGAUUUCGCCCGGCUGGACAUCGACAAGUCCACCAUCACCUGGCAGCGAGUGAUGGACACGAACGACCGCUACCUGAGGAAAAUCACCAUCGGGCAGUCUCCUACUGAGAAGGGCAUCACUAGGGAGACAAACUUUGACAUCACAGUGGCGAGUGAGAUCAUGGCGGUCCUGGCCCUGACGACCAGUCUGGCCGACAUGCGGGAGCGGCUGGGCCGCAUGGUGGUGGCCAGCGACACGAAGGGCCGCCCCGUCACCGCUGACGACCUGGGGCUUGGAGGAGCCCUGACUGUCCUGAUGAAGGAUGCCAUCCGACCUAACCUCAUGCAGAAUUUGGAAGGCACGCCAGUGUUUGUGCACGCUGGUCCGUUCGCCAACAUUGCCCAUGGCAACUCCUCUAUCCUCGCAGACAAAAUUGCACUCAAGCUGGUCGGACCCAACGGGUUCGUAGUGACGGAGGCAGGUUUCGGAGCAGACAUCGGGAUGGAGAAGUUCUUUGACAUCAAGUGCCGCUACUCCGGCCUGGUCCCCCACGUGGUGGUCCUGGUCGCCACUGUCCGAGCACUGAAGAUGCACGGGGGUGGGCCAAAGGUCACGGCAGGGGCACCGCUGCCCAGAGAGUACAAGGAGGAGAACAUUGGCCUGGUGGAGGCCGGCUGCAGUAACCUGAGGAAACAGAUCGAGAAUGCUCUGCACUUCGGCAUCCCCGUGGUUGUCGCAAUAAACGGCUUUGCGACCGACACUGAAUCUGAGAUGCAGGCCGUUAUCAAGAAGGCAAAGGAGUUUGGAGCCUUUGAUGCUGUGAUCUGCUCCCACUGGGCUAACGGUGGGGCGGGGGCCACAGACCUGGCCCAGGCCGUGGAGCGGGCCAGCCAGCAGUCCAGUGACUUCCACUUCCUCUACGAUGUCAAGCUGCCGUUGGAAGAAAAGAUCGAAGCCAUCGCCAAGAAAAUCUACGGUGCUGACGGGAUUGAGCUAUCAGAGCAGGCUCAGGCAGCGAUUAACCGCUACAAGAGCCAGGGGUUCAAUGACCUCCCCAUCUGCAUGGCGAAGACCCACCUGUCCCUGUCCCACGACCCGGAGAGGAAGGGCGCUCCAACGGGCUUCACGCUGCCCAUCCGAGACGUGCGUGCCAGCGUGGGGGCCGGCUUCAUCUACCCUCUUGUUGGGACGAUGAGCACCAUGCCAGGAUUACCCACAAGACCAUGCUUCUACGACAUCGACCUUGACCCUGACACAGAGGAGGUCAAGGGCCUCUUCUAGUCUGAUGUGCCUGGGCCAAUCUGAUUGGUUCUGCUAAUACAUGCAUUUCAUCUGGCUUCCAAUACUUCAUGCAUUUUUGCCUGAGUUACACUACAACCUAGGAUAGAGCACAAUGUUUGUAAUUAGAUAAGUCAAGCUGAUGUUCAGUUUUGUCUGGAUGUGUCAAAGUGAUGUAUUUUGUGGACAAAAUAUGCAAGAUUUCUUAAUAUUGUGUUUGCUCAUGAUAUGUUAUGAUUAUGCUAACAAUGCAAUACGGAUUCAUAACUUUUGCCUUUACAUGCAAUGCCGUUACAUCCAGGGAUCAAAUUAUCCGACCUCAUAGAGAUGUUAAAGUAUAGAAUUUUGAAUUCUAUAUGUGCAAACAGUACCUUGGGUCCAAUUGAGAACCUACAGUUGUGAGUACAAUGUACAUGUUGUAUGUGGCAUGUUUAGGGGUAGGGGUGUGUAUUCACUAGACAUGAUGAUAGCUAUCAGGCCAGAACAACUGCCUGCACUUAUAAGCUUGCAGAAAUGGAGAUCCUGUAAAGAUUAUCAAGAUUGAGGUUUGAAAUGUUUUGCUUGAAAACAAUGCAGACAUAAAAAGUAGGAUAUGCAAUGUUAGUGUACUGGUUUCUACAGUAUGGUUGUUUUGCAGUUAGUUAAAUUGUUUGAAUGCAUUUGGAUCAUGACAACAAUACAUGGAAUUUUAAGGAAUGAAGGAAAGUAUUGUCACCAUGAGUGUAACAUUAUCAGCAUACUAAGUAAAAGAGUGAAUCUGUGGACCAAAUUACAUGCAUAUUAACUGCCUGGAUUUUGCAUGUCUAAAUAAUACAACUAUCUACUUUGGGAUCA